CUGUAGCAUUAUGCUUAUCUGUACAUGCUCCACAGGACGUAGAAGAUGGCAACCUGCAUGUAUGAAUAUAUGUUUUCUUCUUGCUCCGUUGGUUACUUGCCUAUUUCAUACAGGUUCCGUUUUCCAGCAAGCAUUCUACAAGAAGGCUGUUUAUUACUGCAUUGACCUGUUCUGGGGUCGGUUCGGCGGUGAUUGGGAGGCGGUAUACGCCCGGUGGAGCACUGCCCUGGGUAUUCCCGACUUGGACAAGAAUGCCUGGGCGGACUCCUGCCCCAGGGAUCCUGGAUACGAUGAGCUGGGCAACCACAUGGCCUACAACACACCGGCAUGCUUAGCUGCCCUUGGACAUCUCACACCGGAGCAAGUCCAAUUUGCCAAGUACAGGAUGUCAGAAUACAAUCCUGUGAUGUAUGCAUGGGCCCAGUACUACGCGUACAGAGCUUCUCCACCGCCGCCUCAGGCAUCCCCGCCACCAUUGCCUGCCAACACCAGUUGCAUGUUUUCCGAUGAGUUCGGUUGCCCCUGCAACAGCAGUUGGGUGUUCGACGGCGAGAGUUACUCCUACUGUGACCGUGUGCCUGGAUACGAGACGUUAAUGUGUAUGGUGGCCGACCCUAGCAGCUGCAUCUCCUGCAGUAAGAGUCCUUGCUUGCUAAGCUGUGCCGGCACUUCGGAGCUAUGCAGGAAGCCAUCAGCGCCACGGGAACUGCUGCCGCCACCGGGGCCACCUCCACCUCCGUUUCCGCCAUCACCACCACCGAAGCCACCUCCACCUCCCCCGGAAAGUAUUCCUUCAAGCUGCAAGAUAUCGAGUCAUAAUUGCACCUGCCGCAGCAGCUGGACGACUAUCAUUAGCCGCAAUAGUGUUUACGGCCACUACUGCUCACCAGUUCCUAAUAAACCAACGCUUGGUUGCGUCGUGACACCGUCCUGCCCAACCUUCUUGGAGAGCCCUUUCCAGCUUUGCGACAGAACACUGAAUGCCACCUACUGUGCCGGUACACGGGCAACGAGGCCACCACCACCACCCCGUCUGAGAUCCCCUAAGACCCCACGGCUAGCAACGACACGGAAUAACUAGAUAUCCUGGACAGCCGGUCAUGCAACGGAUGCAGCGGAUGGAGCCGACGGACACACAUACAGCUCAGCUAGCAGCAGCGGGAUAGCGCAUGCCUUUUACGCUCCAAGCCAUGACAUAAUGUACAGCUUAAUUUAAUACUUAAAACACGAUAUAUCAAUUGUCAAAUGUGUGUCGGGUAUUGAGUCGAGUUUUAAGUAUUAAAUUUAGCUAUACACAGACACACAUAUAUAUAUGUCUUCUGUGGCAUAUUGCUAGUGUAUACCCGAAGAAUCUCCCAGCCAGUUGCUGCUCUAUUAUGGCACGCAUUUAUGUGCGCGCUGACAAGCAGCUGCAAGAGGAAGAAAGAUCGCUCCGAGCUCGCUGUAAAUGAGUCGAGUUAUAGGGCGGGACAAAUCUUUCAGGAUUUGUUUAGGCCACGUGUAUGGUCGGUGGCCAUGCUUUAUCAAUAACUUCGGGAGCAAGCUGCGUGUAAUGCUCCGUUUUCAGAACUUUUUCCAUAUAUAAUCUUCUUCGUCGUUUUAGUCGGAUAUACGUUAUGGAGUGCUAUAAGAGUACUGAAUUGUUAAUAAACGUGCAGUAAUUCAUUCAGGCAUGGGGAGGCGAGUAAUAGUGCAUCUGCUGGUCGGUUGGUUCGCCCGGGCGUUUGCUGCUGUAAGACCUCUUUGUCUUUGUCUAAACCAAAAUGAACAUGUUAUGUAAGUGAAAAUGUUUUUGCCAUC